GUCUUGGGAAGCAGCAGUGUUGAAUUUUGCUCUGAGCCAUGGCGGCUCUUCCAGGGCAUGUUUUACCUUCGUAUUUUGCGUGUGUCGUAUUGGUAACUAACAUCGCACUUGCAAGUACUGGGCCGCCUGUUGAAAACGUCGACCUAAAAAAUUCCGAACCUUAUCCACAAGUCCCGGGAGCUGAUGAUGGAGUUCAUUCGCUCCAACCCAGAGGUCUUUUCGAUAGUCUCGGCCUCACGAGCCUUUUCGGUUCGGUCUUCAGCGGCUUCAGCAACUUGGACAAGAACCCUGGUGGGGGGAGCUCCGGUCUCACCAACUUGAAAAUCCAAAGCGGCGGUGGUCCGGGGUCUUCACUCGGCGAGUCGUUGCAAGUCAGUUCGCAGACGGGUAUCGUCCUGCGCAUGUUUAAAAGUGGAAAAAAUGAGCCGAUCAGAUUCAGGAAUAACAAGGUCUACGAGGGUGAAAAUAUGGUUUGCGCGGAUAGGGAGAAGUUCUUUCCGGAGCCCAAGUACCAGAAAUCGGUCGGUGGCGGGCGAUGGCACACCAACAUCCAGGUCGGAGAGCCGAUGAGUCAGCCGGAGAUCGAUCAGUUUGAGGCGGAUUGGGCUAAAGUCUACAAGAAUAAUACAGGAUCCACCGCGGGAAAAAAGGGACAGAACCUGGAGGGGACCAAUUCGAUGAAUGCUCGCGGGACAGCAAGACUUGCUGCUGCUAAUAGGCUUAUGAGGCGGCGAUCUUCCCGGGGAAGUGAAUCUUCCAGUUGGUGGUAACAACACGAACGGCCGUGCAUCAUAGCCAAAAAUAUAUGUUUUACUGAAACCGCAUAGUGUAAAAGCCACUUUUUCACCUUUCAGAAUAUUGUUGUAUUUUAAUUAUAAGGUUCUUAACUGUUUGUAUAUUUACAAACAUAGUAUCCACUAGUCCAAAAUUGUAUAUUGUUUAUCUAAUUACUUGUUUUCUCUUUGUGUAAACUAGCUCGAACAACCCUGCCACGAUUUCGGUAGGACAAACUUAUAAAAUUCAACUGAAUCCAAAUCCUGCCUUUAAGAACCAACGCUGUGUUCAAUUUAACGCUCAGAUUCGGCUGUCUUAUGAUCUCUAUUCAAUGUCUUUGCUUGUGAUCCAGAGUUGAACAACCGGUUCAGCAAUCCUAACUUCACAAACUGUUACAGCAGUAGACGCAUGGGUCAUUUAGACAGAAAGUUGGUGAUGUAGCCAAUGUGAGUUAAAAAUCUGCACGAAUAUGAAAAUGACAAUACAAAGGGAAAAAGCUCAUAUGAGCACAAUUUUCCAUCAAACAGAUGUGGUGUUUGGUGCGUUACUAGUGAUCGUAACUAGUGUUGCACCUAACAGCACAUCUGUUGGAGAGAAAACUCUGUCCAUAUGAGAUGUUUUCUUGUAUUGAGAUUUUCAGCUCUAUGCUGAUUUUUAACAUACGUCGGCUACAUCAUCUUCUUUCUGUCAAAAUCGUAACUUCAUUUACAAAACCUCGCGAAGUUUUUACCCCGACAUUCAUCCGGCGUCUUUCAUUGGAAGAUGUAGUCUCUUAGAUCUAGCGUCUAGACUCGUAAAACGAUUGACAAGAAAAAUUCCCUUUUUCAAUCGAAUUCUUGCUUGAAUCAGAAGGAUAUCCGGUUACUAAUAGACUUGGCCCUCGAUUCAAGCCAAAAUCCGAUUAAGUCACGAGUAUUUUUUCUUGUCAAAUUUCUUUAGAGUCUGGACUUAGGAUCGAAGAGACACUUCUUUCCAGUGUUAGGCGAACAAUAGCGUUGACCACGAGAUCAACUUUUGCCUUUCCUCGUAUACAUCAUUGUUCAGAUCGUUGUUGCAGGGUUUCUAAAAUAUAUUAUCCACGCAAGGACGAUGGCUUUAAAUAGCUGUGAUAGAAUGUCCGUCAAAGUGCGAGAAUGGAUCCACAUAGGCACACACAAAUAUUCCUCUCCAAGUUUCAUUUUCAUAUUAAAGUAAUUAAUCAUAGCAAAAUUUUGUCAUCGUAAAAUAUAAGCUUUGAAAUCACAAUGAAAACCCUUUAUAAGCAUAUUA